AUGGCCUCAGUCCCCACCGCCGAGAGCUGGACCGACGGGGCGACAGGAGUGGGGACCCACGCAGAGAACCUGAGCGCUGCAUCGGGGGUCACUGAGUGGCUUGCGCUCCAGGCUGGCAACUUCUCCUCGGCGGUGGGACUACAGAUGACAUCCCAGGCACCUUCCCAGGCCCGGGCCAACCUCACGAACCAGUUCGUGCAGCCGUCCUGGCGGAUCGCACUCUGGUCGCUGGCUUAUGGCUUGGUGGUGGCUGUGGCAGUCUUUGGAAACCUCAUCGUUAUCUGGAUCAUCCUGGCCCACAAGCGCAUGAGGACCGUCACCAACUAUUUUCUGGUAAACCUGGCUUUCUCCGACGCCUCCAUGGCCGCCUUCAACACCUUGGUCAAUUUCAUCUAUGCUCUUCACAGCGAGUGGUACUUUGGCGCCAACUACUGCCGCUUCCAGAACUUCUUUCCCAUCACAGCGGUGUUUGCCAGCAUCUAUUCUAUGACAGCCAUUGCAGUGGACAGAAUGCUCUUCUUUAUUUCACAUACGUACAUGGCCAUUAUCGAUCCUUUGAAACCCAGACUGUCUGCCACGGCCACCAAGAUUGUCAUUGGGAGUAUUUGGAUUUUGGCAUUUCUACUUGCCUUCCCUCAAUGUCUCUAUUCCAAAAUAAAAGUCAUGCCAGGGCGUACUCUUUGCUAUGUGCAGUGGCCAGAGGGUCCCAAGCAACAUUUCACAGUUGCUGAUGACAGCUCUGAUGUUAUUCUGACUGUCAUUGUAUAUGAGUCAGCUUUUAUCUUCACAGUUAUCAAUAUUGUUUCUUUGCUUUGUAUUUUGGCAAACCUCGACUAUGUCAUGGAGAGAUGGUUACAUCUACAGGUAACAGGAUACCAGACUAAAAAUACAAAUAUCAAAGUUCACCUUCUCCAAGUUAUGAAGGUGGUAAAAAUGAUGAUUAUUGUCGUGGUGACAUUUGCCAUCUGCUGGCUGCCCUAUCACAUUUAUUUCAUUCUCACUGCAAUCUACCAACAGUUAAAUAGGUGGAAAUACAUCCAACAGAUCUACUUGGCUAGCUUCUGGCUAGCAAUGAGCUCAACUAUGUACAACCCCAUCAUCUACUGCUGUUUGAAUAAAAGAUUCCGCGCAGGCUUUAAGAGAGCAUUUCGCUGGUGUCCUUUCAUCCAAGUCUCCAGCUACGACGAACUGGAGCUCAAGACCACCAGGUUUCAUCCCACACGGCAGAGCAGCCUGUACACCGGGAGCAGGAUGGAAUCGGUGACCGUGCUGUUUGACCCCAAUGACGGGGACCCGGCCAAGUCCAGCCGAAAGAAAAGGGCGGUGCCCAGAGACCCAAGUGCCAACGGCUGCUCCCACAGAGAUUCCAAAUCUGCCUCCACCACAUCAAGCUUCAUAAGCUCACCCUAUACCUCUGUGGAUGAAUAUUCCUAAAUCCAGGUCCUGAGGGGAAGGCUGCUGUGGAGCCUAAGUCCCCCAUUCUCCUAACCAUGUCAAGUUCUGCUCUAGGUACUUUGGGGAAGCAGAGGGGCAGUUCUUAGGUAGGGAUACUUAAUCUGAGAAAGAGGAAAUAUAAAUGUACAAAAAACACCAAAACAUCAGCCAGCACAAAGAAAACCGAGUCUUCAAUUUACUCUUUAAAAUCUUUAGGAUCAUAUAUGACAAGCACAAAGUGUGAAUCAGAAAAAUGUGCAGUGUCUGUCAUUUAUCAAUUGCAGGGCAGCUUUGUGACACAGAAACAGCACAGAGGCUCUCCAAGAGUUUAAGGAAGCUUUAAAAUCCAGUGCUGAGCAAAAGGAACAACACCUAUAUAAAACGGAAGUUCUGCACAUCUGUGAAAAGGAAAAGGCAAAUGACUGACUUUCCCACAGGAGUGACGGGAAGUCAACCUCAAAGAAUAGGGAGAUAUGGAAGUCUUUGCUCAAGAAAGUUCAUUUUGUAAAAUGAAAACUUUCAGAAAUUCACUUCAAGACAUUUAGCAGGAAAGGCCAUACGGUCAAAUCAUUGCCCAGAUAUACAUGUCUUUCUCUUGAUUAUUUUUUCCAAGAAAAUAACUUCAAAAGAAAAAAGUCAUCAUUUAAUUUUGAUUACUAAGUGUUUUGAGUGCUAAACUAAGUUGCAGUCAAAUUUAGGACCUUAAAGGACAA